AUGCUUACUUCUGUUAAGUCGGUUGGUGCUUCAGCACUGAGAGUUGAUACUAUAAGAUCGCACCAGUCUGAUAUCCGUGAAAUUGAUGCUCGUCAUGUAACCAAUGAUGUCGAUCUGUUGGCCGAAAUCGGCUAUAAACAGGAAUUGAAGAGAAAGUUCUCUACACUCCAGGUGUUUGGAGUUGCAUAUUCCAUCAUGGGUUUGUUACCAUCUAUUGCAAGUACCACUGCUACAGGCCUCACGGCUGGCCCUGCUGGGUUCGUGUGGUCUUGGUUUGUUUCUGGUAUUUUCAUUGUUGGAAUUGGUAUUGGAAUGGCGGAACUGGGAUCCGCAAUACCAACCAGUGGAGGUUUAUACUAUUGGACAUUUCAUUACGCUCCAGAGAAGAUCAGGGUUCCACUCUCAUACAUGAUUGGACUUUCAAAUACUCUUGCUCUAUGUGGAGGAUUGUGUUCGGUGAACUAUGGAUUUGCUUUGGAGGUUCUGGCAGCAGCUUAUAUGAACUCAGAUGGUACAUUUGUUUCCACCACUGGUAAAACCUACGGUGUGUUUGCCGCAUGUGUGGUCAGUCAUAUCUUGGUCACCUGCCUUACCUCCAACAUGAUAUCGAAAAUGCAGACUACUUCGAUUAUUUGCAACAGUGGAAUUAUCGUUUUGUUCUUCAUUGCUGUUCCAAUAGGAACAGCCAAAGCAAAGGGUUUCAAUGAUGGUGAAUUUAUUUUUGGAACUGUUCAAAACUAUAGCGAUUGGCCUACCGGAUGGCAGUUCAUGCUUUCAAUGAUGACUGCCAUUUGGACUAUCGGUGCUUUCGAUUCUUGUGUGCACAUGUCUGAAGAAGCUCACAAUGCUUCUAAGAGUAUUCCAGUGGGAAUUAUUGGCUCCACAAUGGUGUGCUGGAUCGUUGGAUUUUUCAUCUGCAUCUGUAUGGCAGCUUGCAUGUCUAGUGACGUUGCCUCUGUAAUCGAUUCUCCAACCGGAUUCGCUAUGGCCCAGAUCGUCGAGGAUUCUCUUGGAAAGAAAUGGGGUGUUGCCAUGAUGGUUUUGAUCGCAUGUUGCCAAUGGUUGAUGGGAUCUUCUCUAUUGACCGCUCUCUCAAGACAGAUAUGGGCCUUUGCCAGAGACGAUGGUUUACCAUUCUCGAGAUACAUCAAGGUUGUCGACAAAAAGCUGAGGGUUCCAUUGAGAGCAGUGGCAUUUGGUGGGGCUUUGGCCUUGACCAUUGGCUGUUUGACUUUGGCUGGCUCCACUGCUGCUAAUGCUCUUUUCUCGUUGGGUGUUGCCGGUAAUUAUAUUGCGUGGGGUACUCCGAUUUUCUUGAGAUUAACCUCGGGCAAAGACAAGUUCAAGCCAGGCCCAUUCUACUUGGGUGACACUUUGUCUCCUAUUGUUAACUGGAUUGUGUGUUGCUGGAUGAUUUUUGUUCUGUUCCUGUGUAUGUUCCCUGGCUCCAAGACCGUCGAUAAGGAAACCAUGAACUACACCGUUGUGAUCAACUGUGGUGUUUGGGUCUUGGCGAUGGUAUACUUCUACACUUACAAGUUCAAGUACUUCCAUGGUCCACGGUCCAACUUAAACGACGAUGCUGCCGAGGAUAUUCGUUAUGUUGAAGGGUAUGUCGACCCUAAAUCUAGCGGAGAGAAGGCUUCUACCCCAGAUGUCGAAAAGGCUUAG